UCGCUGAUCAAACUCAGCUGCGUGUGAUCAAGUCGUCUGAUCAGUAUCUCGGUCCAAAGGGGAGAAGGUUGGGUCUGAGUAACACUGGGAGGGUCAACUUUAGCUGGAAUAUAAAAGCGCUUUUAUCCGCGGUGCAGGCGCAGAGGAGUUGUGGCUCCCGCGGUAGAGAUGCAGGAUGCGUUAAAGCAAAACGGCCAGAAAGGAGCAAUGGCUAUGGGACUCGUCGCCAACGCGGUGGCUACCAUCGGUGGCCUCAUUCAUGGUGUUAUGAACUUAUUCACCAAUCUGUUCCUGACACCGCCGCUGAAGGCCACUCUGAAGCAUUUGGAGGACACUGAACUGAAAACUCUGAAAGGAGAAAUAAAGACCCUGAAAGCCAGAUCUCUAUGGGAGAAGUCUGGAGCUGUGGUCAUGGCAGUGCGGCGACCUGGAUGAUUUUUGUGCAGAGAGGAGGCUGCAGAGCUGUCCUCUCUGAAACCCCAGCUGGAUGAGCUGGGGGUCCCUCUGUACGCUGUGGUGAAGGAGGACGUCGGCACCGAGGUCCAGAACUUCAGACCGUACUUCAAGGGGGAGAUUUUCUUGGAUGAGAAGAGGCGUUUUUAUGGGCCCCGUGAGCGGAAGAUGGGUCUCCUGGGUUUCUUGCGUGUCGGGGUGUGGAUGAACGGCCUGAGGGCCUUUAAGAACGGCUUUGUGGGAAACGUUUUGGGAGAGGGCUUCGUCCUCGGCGGGGUCUUCGUUAUUGGAAGAGGAGAGCAGGGAAUACUUCUGGAGCACCGAGAGAUUGAAUUUGGAGAUAAAGUCAACAUUUUAAACGUCAUAAGAGCUGCCAGAAGAAUAUCACAAGAACUUCUGUCUUUAGAGAAGAAAUAAGGCUUUCUAUUACCAAUGGUGGAUAACAAUCUCAUAUCUGUCUAUCUAAAAAAAAAAAACAUGCAGUUAAUCACCUUGACAUACCAAAGAAAGUUUAGAACCAUAAAAUACAUUAAAAAAAUACAAAUGAUAUAAUUGUUCAGAAAAUCUAAAGUUAACAUUUAGUGUGUAAGGAAAAAAAAAAAUAUUUGUGAAGUGCACAUGAGUUUGUUGGUGUACUGGUCUCUGGGGGGGGUGGAAACCAGGAUUUUGGGGGUAUGACUGUGUAGAAAUAGGCUCGGAGUGUGUUAAUGAUGGUCUGUCUUUAAACUCAAGAGAGCAAGCAGACCUGAUGUCUGACACUCAGUUUUCUGUAGUACUCUGUGAUACUGUUUAUCUUGGAGCCAAGAACCGGUGACCUUUUGACCAAUAAAACAUGGAUUUGUGCACCA